AUGGAAACUAAUCAAGACAGCCAAAAGACCGUGAUUCAAAACGAGAAUAUCGAAAAUAGCUAUGAUAUGCUUUGUCAAAAUUGUUCCGCAACUAGAACACCUCUUUGGAGAAGGGAUUUAAACGGAACAGUUCUUUGUAAUGCCUGUGGCCUAUUUUUAAAAGUUCAUGGAAGACCCCGACCACUAACCCUGAAAACAGAUGUUAUUAAAUCGAGAAAAAAAAGAAAGAAUGCAAACUUCCCCAAUAAUAAACCAACUGGACCUAAUAGCAAAAUAGUGAAGCUUCCACCUUUGGGUAAUUAUACAAUCGAGCCCAAGAAAGAUCAGAAUUCAAGAACACUCUUAUCAAAUAAGGUAUUUAAACCCCUUCUCUUACCAAAGUUAGGCAACCUCCAGUUCUAUUCCAACUACACAACAGCGUCAACGAUAGAGCAUCCUUCAGAAAAGGACACACAUUUAGAAUUGGUAAGGCUGAAGACAAAAAUAAAGGAGUUGGAGUUGGUUGUAGAAAUAUAUAAAAAGAAUAUAGUAGAUUUGAGUCAAAAAUGUAUUGCCAUGGAAAUAAAACUAGAUGAUAAUAAUAAACAGGGGUUAAAUUCCUAA